AUGUCUAGCGAUUUCGCUAUCUAUAUUCGAGACAAGCUUUUCGACAGCAAAACAUCUGUCGACCAUAAAAUCUUACAUAGUGUAAACAAGAAAGGUGAAUUUGUUCUAAAGUUCUGUUUCUGGGAAUAUGACAAGAACCAUAAAACAUUAAGCAGAGCAGUCUUAAAAUUUGUCAAUGACAGACUUGUUGACAGAGAUGACGCCGAUUGGAAAGAUGAAGUCCAACAAAAGUUCUUAGAAUGCAAAGAAGACACAUGCGCUGUUCUUGAAGAUGAAAUAGAAAACAGAAUAGAAGAGCUAUUAAAGGACAAAGACCUUUUACAAAAAUAUGGUUCUGAGAAGUUUGACAUAA